AUGACGCAUGCAUUUCUACAGUCAGAAUUGACCAACUUGAUAUCCGAUUCCAAACGGAAAAGCAAUGAUGUACGCACUGCCGCUGAGCAGUCGCUCGCCGAUCUCAAAGCCAUCUCCUUCACAUCAGAAACUCAGCUAGCAGGCGACCUGCUACGACGAGCCCAGUUCAUCGACCCUUUCGUCCUAGCAUGCAAGACCAAAAACUCCAAACUAGCAACUACGGGGACGGUUUGUCUGCAAAGGCUGACGGCAAGCAGAGCUGUUCCUCGGUCUAGACUACCCGAUGUUCUUGAUGCAUUCCAUGAUGGAGUUAGUUCUGGCUAUGACCCCCAGCUGAAGAUCCUGCAAACGCUACCUUCACUCCUUCAAUUGUACGGAGAUGACUUGAGAGAAGACCUUCUGGCUCGCACGCUGGAGAUUUGCGCUGCUUUGCAGUCCAGUAAGACGGUCAUCGUCAGCCAUACAGCAACUGCGACAUUCGAACAACUCGUCUCGACUGUCUUUGAGCAAGCCUGGCAGAAGAAGGGAACCAGUAUUCAUGACGACCAAAACGAGGAUGUCUCGCCAUCGCGUCUAGAAUUAUCUGAUGCCUGCUUCAAGGACGCUGUUAAUUUGUUCCGCGACCUCUGUCUAUUGCUUGACCAAGAAAAGUCACAAUUUCUAAAGGUUGAGAGCUUGCCUUCUACUUUCCUCCUUGAGACGCUUCACACGGUAUUCUCAGCACACAGAACAUUUUUGACCUUAGACUCGGAUCAGUUAGAUGAUUGCUGGGGACAUCUAGUCAACGGUCUGUCCCGAGUCAUAGGACGCAAGGAAGCGUUCGGUCAUGUUGUGCAAGCCUUCUCCCUCAUCCUGCUGAUCUUGCAAGAAUUUGCCGAGAUCAUGCAAUCCCAUAUAACACAUCUCUUUCCAUCUAUUCUAAAUGCUCUUGAGAAAGAAGGCAACCCAACAUGGAAGCGAACAUUGUGUCUUGAGUUCUUCCGCAGCAUCUGCUCAGACUUUACACUCUUCAGAAAUAUCUUUGAUCUGUUCGACAACGACGAUAAGCAAGAGAAGUUUGUGGGGCCUUUCAUGUCUGCUUUGGUUCGCAUCGCAGCAGAAGAUCCUUCGUUGAUUGGUCUGGGCCGUCAAUCGACAAUACCAGUGCAACGGACCAAUGACGCCGAGAGCGAAGAGGCAGCGUCUAUCGAAGCUCAGGGUCUCGGUGGUGCUAUCACAUCUGUUUCCACGGGAGACUCAAGCACAAUUGGUAUCAGCAUGAAUUGGAGUGUCCUCAGCGUUCCACUUAUGGAUCAGCCCGAAAAACAGAGCCCUCCUGCGCUCCCUAGCACUUACAUUUACGCUCUGGUCUUGGGCUGCAUUGCAUCUUUAUGUGAUGGCUUGUCGAAGUUUGUGAUGCCACUCAGCGUUCCGAGCCGAUCUACACACCGAGACUCUGCAGAAGAUACCCCACGGAAUGGCCUUGCUGUGGACGCUGCGGAAGACGGAGGCCUGCGCAGACAGAGUCGGCCUGCGACUGUAUCUAGCAAGUACCAACGACUUGUCAACCCGUUAAGUCUAUCUCAGCAUCCGCAAUUGCCAGCGAUCCGAACAUGCGCUUCGAUUAUUGAGACAUGCUGGCCCGCUGGGCUUGCCACUUGUUCAACCUUUUUGAAUUCGGCUUUGGAUUCUGAGUUCUAUCACAUCUUAAUCAGAUCUGUGCAGAAGCUUGCUCAAGUGUCCGGCGUGCUGGAGCUAUCGACACCAAGAGAUGCACUGCUCACUACCUUGGCGAAAUCCUCGAUCCCGACCAAUGCGACGAGCAUAAUCUCAAAUUCCCAGAACACCAGACCUUCAACUCGGUCAGGACCGCCUGACCAGGAUACUACCAAUAAUGACAUUAGAUCCCCAAUCGAACCGCCCCCUACGCCUACUUCGCAGGCGCAAGCUCAACCACUCAACGUUCGUCAUCUGUUGUGCCUUCGAGCCCUUUUAAACCUUGGGAUCGCCCUAGGACCAACGCUUGAACAGGAUGCCUGGUAUAUCUUGAUUGAAACCAUGCAGACAGUUGAGGCUUUGAUUGCAAUACCAUCUACAAUGUCGGCAACCACGCAAUUUGGUAGUCCCCGAAUUGGUACUUCAAGCAGCGACGGCCAGGCUACCCUGGCAGGCGAGAUCGCUUCUGUACAGGCGGCAACCAAAAGAAUGUUGGAAAGUACCAAGAGCUACACUCAAGAAUCCUUCUCCAUCCUUGUGCAGGCUUUCUUCCGUCUCUUCGGUCAAGACGGGGUGGAUGGAGAUGCACCACUAAUUGAAGAGGCGCCCAUGUCGUCUCCUGUGUCAUCUCCGACAAGGCUUACACCUGGACGACGUCCACAUCGCCUCUCGCGUAGUGUGUCCGGCCUGUGGACCAAAUCGAGAUCCCUCGAUCGAGAGAUUGGCUUCGUCCUUAACAAGAUCAGCGACAUAUCGCGGGUGAAUCUUCAGCGCUUCUCUACGACAUCUGAACAGUCCUGUUCAUGGGAUUUGAUAGGAAAGCGUCUUCUGAGAGUUACUCGGGAUGCUGAAUUUUCGGAUGGUCAUCGCCUCCAAGCAGCUAGUAUACUCGACCUAAUCGCCAUGGAAACUAUGAAGCUCCUGGACAGCCCUAAUCUGGAUGCCGAGGACGCCAAUGCUAUUAGACUAAGAUGCUUGCAAACCCUGCUUGAGCAGCUUGACUCCCUUGGAUCUGAAGAGUCCUCUGGCGAUGUCCAGUACGAAAUGCAUAGGAGGCUUCUUGAAGCGCUGGAAAGCAUGCUUAGCCAUAAUGGUGACUCAUUUGGUGACGCAUGGCCGAUAGCCUUUGAUGUUCUAUCUACAACAUUUUACAAGAGCGGCCAACGUCGUCCGAAGAUUAAUGAAGCACUGCUUGAGGAGGAAGAGGGCGGUGAGCAGAACGCGCAGAUCCUCCGAGUCUCAUUCAGAUCAAUACAGUUGAUUGCGUCCGACUUUUUGAAUGUACUUUCGGCGAGUUCGAUGUCGACACUAUCGCAUCUCCUCCGCAAAUAUGGCUCACAGUUCUACGAUCUCAAUGUGGCACUGACAAGCACAACACUACUCUGGAGCCUCGCAUCGCACAUAAUGGCAAACAUUGAUACCAUUGAACUCGAGGCAAUGACAACAAUGGAUGUCAUCCUUGAGGAUGGUUCAAAGUCGGCCGCUCUGUGGAGUGUUACCUUGCUUCAGCUAGUUGAACUAUCCAAAGAUCCACGCACAGAUGUUCGCAACGCGGCAAUCAGAGUAUUAUUGAAGAUGCUAGACGCCUCCGCCGAAAGCCUUUCCCCAGGAGCGUGGUCUGUCGCGCUUAUGCAUGGCCCAUUGAAAGCUAUCCAGGCGUGCAUAGAACAGUAUACCUCUGACGUUCCUGCCCGGUCAGAGUGGCUGGCUUCGGCCUCGCAAUUGACGGAUGGUACCAUUCAGCUCAUAUGCGACAACGUGACGGUCAUCAUGCGACAUGCAAGCUUUGGUGAUACCUGGCUUCGAGUGAUGGGAACCAUUGAAGCCAUAUUAAGACUGCAGUCGCUGCAAGCUGCUUCUCUGGCUUUUUCAAAUCUCUCCAGGUUAUUGAGCACUCUUCGAUCUCUACAACAAGCUGACGAGAGAUUGGUCGUGCCUGCGUUGCGACUGUGGGCCAUGCAUUCUCCCGUGCGGAUCCAGAGUGAUGAGCAACCGAAUCAAUCAGCGUUAGCCGCACAUAUGCAUGUGUUCGUCGAAGCUCACAAAGUUAGCAAUGUUGCUGUAACGAAAUUCGAGUUUGAUCAGCACGACACCACAGCUCUGAUAAUGGACGCGAUAGAGAAGGCUGUCUUGCAGUGCACCCAUCCUCCAUACACGAAUGACGUGAAGGCUUUAGAACCGGAGCAAAAGGAGGCCUCGGAAGGGUUGGGCAUCGUGAAGGAGCUCCUGCGAGAUGAUGUUGGACGCUAUUCGCGCUAUCUACUUCGCCUCGUGCGGCUUAGCCUAAAUAUUCAAGACGGCAGAGUUGGCCUUCAGCACAAAAGGUCUGCAAUUCACAAGGCUGUACAAAGGCCAACUUUUGUCGCGUUUGCGUCUGCUUGUGUGGAAGCAUACAAGAUGCUGAUACUUGAAGAGGCCAAGGACGAGAACCUGAUCCACACCUUGUCCAUGGGAGACUCCUUUCAGAUAUUGUUUGCGCUGAUCAAGACCAAAUACACGGAGCUAGCCACGAACAACCAAGCUCCUCUUUGGCGCAGUGCAACCGUCACUGCGGUGGUACUGCUGGAGGCCCUCCAGAAGCACGUGAAGCAAGGUUCGAGGCAAAGGUCCCUACCACGGGCGAAGAGCUUGGCGGAUGCGAUAUCUUCCACCGCUUCGAGCAUCCUAGGCCCUGGAGGAUUGGGCGGCUCUUACCCAUCCAAGCACAAGGAUGAGGUGCUCUUCGAAGACGAGAAGUUCGACAUUGAGCAUUUCCGACUGUUCCACAAGGCGCUGGUGUCGGUCUUUAAGCACGACGACAUUCCGCAAGAUUCGUGUCGAGCGUACGCGGUCACUCUGUUCCAGGCGUCGCUCUUGGCUAAACCGUGGUUCCACGACCUCCCCGACGAUCUUGUCGGGGAGCCCCUGACAGACCUGCUGGUCGUCCGACCAGGGAGUCUACACAGGCCCGUGUUUGUGGUCCGACGACAGACCUGCUACACCGCGAUGGCCGCUCUGUUUGAACUGGCGCAACGUCCUGGACACGACGACGGCGACGGUGGCGACGGGGACGAAGACGAGAGUGACGGUGAUGGCGGCGACGACUCGGACAAGCUGGCACGCGCAGCCUGUCCGUACCUGCUUUUACGAGUGGUGCAUCCGCUCAAGACGUUCCUCGCCGACCAACGACUCAGAGGUCUCACGCCGCCACCUCCACCCCAGCAGGCCGAGUUGGAGAUUGUGCUGGCCAAUUUCGUCGAGCUCCGAAGUCACGACGCCGUGGUGCGAGAGGUGGUCUCGGGAGGACCUGAGAAGCAACCGGACGGCACCAACCCCGGCGUGGGAGGAGACGGCAAGGAGCACCUGCGGCUUCUGUACUCAUUCAUGCUGCGCGUGCACAAGUUCUGGCGUACGCUGCCGAGACUGAAAGGACCAGGGGCGUGGCAGACCGGUGACCCGGGCCAAGGGAUAGAACGGGCGCUCGAGCAGUGGGAGAGGAGCAUCGGCACGGGCUGGGGUCUACAGUAG